AUAUACAGACAGCUGUGGGAAAGGCGUGUAUGCCCACCGCUGAUGCCAUGUGGUCAAAGCAGCUGUGCAGCUGAUAACCAAUGACAGGCAGAAGACGCCGCGCGGAGCUGCGGCAUGCGUCGCGUCGCGCCGCGCUGAUAUUUAAACCAUCCACACAUCGCGCAUGCCAGAGAUGCGAGCUGCAGCGAUUUCUGCGCCGAGAGCGGAAAGAUGCUGCCUUUCCCGAGUCACCGAGUUCAUGGAUUAAGCUGGAUUUCUGGACACACCUGUAGAUUUCUCACCUGCUCUGCAUAAUGCCUUAUCUGAGACAGUUCCUGAUUUCAGUGCUCUUCCUGGGCUCGUUUGGGGAAUGCUGGAAUAAACACACCACGAGAGAGAGGAGGUGGACAGGAGCUGUGGAAACUCAGAAGCAUGGGACGUCCUGCUAUUCCAGUGGGAGUUGAUGUACAAGUGGAAAGCUUGGACAGUAUUUCAGAAGUUGACAUGGAUUUUACUAUAACAUUAUACCUGAGACACUACUGGAAGGAUGAGCGCUUGUCUUUCGCCAGCACCACAAAUAAAAGCAUGACUUUCGACGGGCGCUUGGUGAAGAAGAUCUGGGUUCCUGAUGUCUUCUUCGUCCACUCUAAAAGAUCUUUUAUUCAUGACACCACCACAGAAAAUAUCAUGCUGAGAGUGUUCCCUGAUGGUCACGUUCUUUACAGCCUGAGGGUCACGGUUACAGCAGCCUGCAACAUGGACUUCAGCCGUUUCCCGCUGGAUUCACAGACCUGCACUUUGGAGUUGGAGAGCUACGCCUACACGGAUGAGGAUCUGAUGCUGUACUGGAAAAGUGGAGAUGAGUCUUUGAGUAUAGAUGACAAAAUCUCUCUCUCUCAGUUCCUCAUUCAGAAGUUUCACACUACCUCUCGGCUGGCUUUCUACAGCAGCACAGGAUGGUACAACCGCCUGUAUAUAAACUUUACGCUUCACCGCCACAUCUUCUUCUUCCUGCUGCAGACUUAUUUCCCAGCCACACUUAUGGUUAUGUUGUCAUGGGUGUCGUUCUGGAUUGAUCGCAGGGCUGUUCCAGCCAGAGUUUCAUUAGGUAUCACCACGGUGCUGACCAUGUCCACCAUCAUCACUGGGGUGAACGCCUCCAUGCCCAGAGUCUCCUACAUCAAAGCUGUGGACAUUUACCUGUGGGUCAGUUUUGUGUUUGUGUUCCUGUCCGUCUUGGAGUAUGCAGCAGUCAACUAUCUGACCACGGUCCAGGAGAGGAGAGAGCGUAAGCUCAGAGAUCGAGCAGUUAGAGAGCAGUCAUUGCCCUGCACCUGCGGUAUGUCCCACACCAGGACCAUGAUGUUAGAUGGGACCUACAGCGAGGCUGACACCAACAGCUUGGCUGGCUACACAGAAGCUCCCAUGGUUCCUGAGGAUGUGGUGCCAGAGAAACAGGAGCACAUGGUGGUUCACCUGUCAAUGAGCAGCGAGUCCACCAUCACCAAGAAAAAGGGCAUCCGCGCCUUACGCAUUAUGCAGAACACGCAUGCCAUUGAUAAGUACUCCCGCAUGAUCUUCCCGGGAGCCUAUAUAAUUUUUAAUAUUAUUUACUGGUCGGUGUAUUGCUGAUCGUUCUCCAGCUACAUCCAUCUUUUACUCUUUUUUUGGACUUAUGGCGGUUUUAUACAACCAUCCUUGACUUUUUGAUGCACAUCAAACAUUGGCUCAUGUGAGACCAGAUUGCAGUUACCUUUGUCCCUUUUCAUGCGCAAAAAGACUGAGAGAAAGAGGGUUGUCUGUGCCAGUUGAGUGCUUCUUAUAGGCCUUUUCAGGUUUAUGACAAAUUAACUGUAAAACACUUAUCAGACUUUGUACGGGCUUAUGUGUUUUCUCUUCAUGUUUGCGUCAUUGGACUAUUAAGUAUGUAAAGAGCAAGAAAGUCUGGUGUUAGCUUCUCUUUUAAAAGUGUACUAAUACAUUUUUUCCACUGUUUUAUAGCUAAAAAAAUUAUUAGUUUUAACAAAUAUGUUUUACACUCACAUGAGAUCCAGUCAUAUCAUUUGCCUAUAAAAUACAGAUGUAAAUGCAUAAUGUGGGUUUCACCCUCAUAGGGUCCGCUAUGUUGAGAUCACAGGAUUAGCUGUGUUGUGCAAUUUAACAAUAAGUUUAGAUAUUUAUUUAUUUAUAUAGCAUAUAUUUAUACAGUUUUGCAGUGCUCAAGGUGCUCUUCAAAAUUAAACAAAACGGACAUAAAACAAACCAAAUACAAUAUAAAUAUUAAAGACACAACUUAACAAAGUUCCUAAAGUUAACAUACAAAAAUAAUCUAUGAAAAAGAACAGAAAUAAGAAAUUAAACAGCUCUGAUGUAAAGUGGCAGUGGUUAAUAAAAUGUAAUGCAUUCACAAAUUAUUUAGUGCACCUUUAAGUCUGUCUGCUUAUCUGCACAAUGUCCAGUUUUAUUUCAUUUAGGCAAGACAGUUUGUUUACUCAUACUCAUUACUCACUCAUGUUAAUAUAUUGUAAUUACCAGUAACAAGAAAGAAUAUUCCUUCAGUUAGAGGUUUAUUUGGAUGUGUGUGUGUGUGUGUGUGUGUGUGUUUGAGAGUGUAUUUGAAAGUGUAUUUGAUACCAUUAUAUCUCUUAUGCAAAAUAAAUCUGUAUGUCUUUACUGUGGCUCAUCUUCAUGCAUGUUAGUUUUAUUGAUUACACAAUAUUAUAUCAGUUAUACUACAACCUGAAUUUGCCAUUAUACCUUAUAAGAUUUGAGUAAAAAGCUUGUUCAUGUGGGCAGUCAGUGCAGGCAAAAGUUUAGUUUGUGAUUCAAUGGUCUUGAAUACAAUUUGAAGCUGCUUUGCGUGCAACAUCAAACACUGAAGGCGAUGGUUCAUUUUGGUGGGAUGAUUUUAGUGCACAUGCAGGCAUCACAUGCAAAAUGUUCAAAUACCUCUUACUGUAAAUGAAAAAACUGUGAGCUCUAUGAUGUGCUUGAAGUUCAUGUUUACACCGUAUUUGAAAGAUCAUCAUGGAAACAGUACCACUUCAUAAGAUGUUUCUGUAAUUGUUGAAAUGUUAAGAAUGUAAUGUUGACCAGAAUAAGGUGCACUAAUUAAACAUUUGUAAAAUAUAUUAUG